CGUGUGUUCGGCAACGACGACGGUUUCCUCGAGUAAUGGAUAGUCGGCGCGGUAAACGGAUGUCCCUUGCAGUGGGGGUCCCCGCAAACACUGCGACGGUUGAGUCUGCAACCGAUACGAUGGACCGGAAAAAACCCGGUCGCAAAACGCUAACAACGGGCGCUCGCAAAGCAUCUCCCGGGCGCAAACCGUCACCAGGACGAAAGGCUUCACCGGCUCGCCGUACUUCACCAGCGCGCAAAGCUUCGCCAGCGCGCCGUGCGUCUCCGGGAAGAAAACCGAAAGCUACCACCACGGCUGUCCCGCUGGCACCGGCUACCGUCAAACCUCCACCGGUAGAACCGGUCAAAGUAUCGCCGGUGAUGAAAGAUGAACCGCGCCGCUCAGAGCGCAUCCGUGCCUCGGAGGACCGGUCCGAAAAGGGAUUCCCGAUGAUGAAAAAAUCUCCCACCGACAAACGUCUCUCGGUGAUUUUGGACGAUUCCGAAGUGAGCGACAUUCUCGGGCAAGCCAAGGACCAGGUCGGCAGGAGAAGUGUAACGCCGAAUACCAGCCAACGCACCAACGCGGCCACGCCGACGACGACAACAGAACGCUCGAGACAAACCCACUCGAUGAGCGCCCUUGCCGAAUACUCCGACAAUGAAGACGACGAUGCCGACUACAAGAGCUUCCGGCGGACCGAGGGCGACAACAAUAACGGCGUCGGCAUGCAGUACGCGGAUGCGACCAGUCUCAGACAUCAGCAACAGUUGGUUGAGUUCGGUGGUCCAGUCCGUGCCGCGCUUCUCGCGCUCGUGAUCCCUCUCUUUGCGUUCUUCACGAACCAUUUCUGCUCCGGAGCAGCGCAUCGUGACUGUCGCUUUAUGGUGCCGAAAAACUGGGAUGAAUUUUGCACUCUCUCGACGUACUUCAACCGUGAAGUGGCCAUGUUCUACCUGCUGUACUUGUCCGGUGUCGCACUGCUGACCGCGUUACCGACCGGCCGAGUGGUUCGGUUAGCACACGAAGCUCGUCCAGAACGUGCCUACACCUUCAACGGACUGUUGGUCGCACUUGGAACUGGAUUGGGUGUCUUUGUGGCCGAGUACUGUUACAAGUACCCGCUACUUUCCGUCGUGAGCCGUGGCUACAAUCAGCUGCUGGUGCUGAGUCUGGUCGGAGCCCUGUUGGCGUCCGUACUCGCGUACGUAAAAACCCGCUACACAGAACCACGGCAAAUGAAUCAUUACGCGUGCACCGGACGCAUGCUGUACGAUAUGUUUGCCGGCCGCGAUGUGAACCCGACCCUGCUUAACGUCUUCAAUCUCAAGCUGAUCACCUACCACGUGUCCGUCGUCCUGGCCCUACUCUUCAACGGCAUUAUCCUCUACCGCAAUUUGCACUUUACCCCACUCCCUGAGAGCCUCGUCGAGGGGUCACUGCAGGAGCGGCUGCUGUUCACGGUGCGUAAUGUCACGGGGGAACCGGCCCCUCUGACUGCCGCCGCACUGACCAUGCUGUAUCUUCUCGAUUUGCUCGUCUACGAGCACCAUCUGGCCGCAUCGUUCGAGCUGCAACAGGAAGGUUUUGGCACCCAGUACCUUCUCCGUCAGGCACUGUUUCCCUUCAUGCUCACGCUUCUGCCAAAGUACGUCGCUGCUCAUAAGCUCUCGGAUGUGCCGAUCUGGGCACUGGCUGUCUGUGCCACUGUUGCCCUCGUAGGAUUAGUCGUCAAACGCAGCGCACAGCGGAUAAAGUAUCUGUACCGGUUGGACCCGCUCGGAAAAAAGGUUGUCGGUCUCCAAACGUACCCAACGUACCAGGGUCGCCGGCUGCUGGUCGCUCACGGAUGGCGUUUCGUCCGUCAACCGAACUACGUCGGCGAUAUCUUGCAGACCGUGGCACUCCUGCCACUACUGUACUGGCGCUUCGCUUGGCCACCGUUGUUGGCUGCACUGUUCACCGUUUGCGUUCUGGCCCAUCGGGCUAAGCGACUUAGUGCGCGCAACCACGCCAUGUACGAUUCACCCUGGUUCCGCUACUGUAACGCCGUGCCGGCUCUGCUCGUUCCGCGUGUCUUCUAAAACGUGCUCAGUUUGUUUUUUUUUUAUAAUUUAAUGCCCUCUCAUAGUCAUUACGAUGUGUAAAAAAGGCAAGCUCUCCUCUGCUUUUGAUCCCCCGGUUUUUGUCUUAAAUUGUACUGUUUGUUCUUUUAGUUCUGAUACCCACCUUUCCUAUUUCCCGUUUCGUCUCGUCGAAUUAGUUUACGUUAUAAAUGGAAGCUUGCACGCGGGGAAUGAUAUCAAUAAUGAAUUAUAAUAUUUGUGGUAACAAUGUAGUCUAAAUGAUUUUAAUAGCGGAAGUGGAAGUUCGUAAAUUUUGCGCACCCACUGGGCUCGUCCGCGGCACCUAGUGUGGCAGAUAAGCGAACCCGACGUACAAACGAGCAGUUGCAAUUUUGUUAGCAUUGCUGUACUUUUAGUGAAGAGUUUGAACCGAAACAUGGAGCGCCAUACUGUAACACAAGCGGUAAAGCAUCUAAAUCGCAAGAAGAAAAUCAAUUCCCGGGAUUAAUUUUACGUGUAAUAUCGUGCUACAGUAAAUCACGCAAGUUUACAAGUGGUUGCUCUCUGCAACGAAUGCUCAUUUCCCCUCAGAACGGAGGACAGUCGACGCCAUUUCGGAUCACAAAUUCGCGCCGAGAACUGGGCACGCGAGAACAAUCUCUCUUUUCAUUCGUUUUUCGUUUUCACAGCGUAUGAGGCGCGGCACUUUACUGUUGCAAAGGGUAGAGAUUAAUUGUCACAUAAACUCGAAACUACUUGAAUCACACAUUACAACAGCAAUGAACUGUAUAUUUUUUUAAAACUAAAAAUAUGGCAAAUCACAAUCGUCGGUAAAAGCGGCUUGAUUUGCGGAGUGAAGAAACACACGCAAAAAGUGCACCGUUUGGUCAACAAACGGACGACUGUAGUUUAAGUGAUAGUGAAGUAAGUAGCGACAAAUGA